GUGUCAUUCGAUGAUGUGGCUGUGGACUUUACCCAGGAAGAAUGGCAGACAAUGGACAAUACGCAGAGGACCCUGUACAGGGAGGUGAUGCUUGAGACCUAUAACAAUCUGCUGUCCUUGGGGUACUCCAUGACAAAGCCUGAUGUGAUCUUCAAGUUGGAGCAAGAAUCAGCACCAUGGACAGUGGAGAAAUCUGUCAAGCAGAGACUUCCAGAUUCCCACAGAAAGAAUGAGCUGCUUGCAACUAAUCAGAAAGAUCAAGAAAUAAUCUUCAGGCAAGUUGUAAUCACAAAAUUAUAUAAUAACCUAAGGAAAGCCACAGUGCCACAAAGAUGCUUAGUAUUAUCUCUGACCAUAAUUGAAACAUGA